AUAACCGAUAGUCGCACAAAGCUAUCGAUGUUUCUCCACCUCUAUUUUGUUAUUUCUCGGACGGAGUAAUGUUUACUGCAGCUGUUUAGUGUGUGUUUAACGGUAGUUGGCGACGUAAUUUGCAACCGGAACGGAACACCGCCACCUGGACGAGCCGCACUUGCCUCUCGCCCUCCGUCCGCGCCGGUCGAUGAGAGCUCCACUGGGACUGGCCAGCAGAACGCGAAAGAUGAGCAACAACUACAACGACGUGCCCUUCGGCAUCCGGGCGGUGCAGCGACUGUCCCGCCACUGCUGCCCCCGCAUCCACGUCCGCAGGGAUCUGCUCUAUAAGAUGUCUGUGUUUGUGCUAACUUUCCUGGCUUACGCCUGCUACCACAUGUGCCGCAAACCUAUAUCCGUAGUUAAAUCGGUGCUUCAAGGAAACUGUUCCACUGCCCUGUCUGCAUCUGGUCAAGAAUGCGGCUAUGCGCCUUUUGAUGUUCCCGAUGCCACCACACUGUUUGGAAUGCUGGAUUCGGCCUUCCUGUUUUCCUACGCCAUUGCCAUGUUCGCUUCUGGUUUUGUGGCUGAGAGAGUUUCCCUCCGAUACUUCCUGUCCAUGGGAAUGAUCCUUACCGGAGUGUUCACCUAUAUGUUUGGCAUCGCUCGCACAUCGAACAUCCAUAGCUUGUGGUACUUCGUUUUGGUGCAAAUCUUCGCUGGCAUUUUCCAGACGACAGGAUGGCCUGGUGUAGUGGCUCUCGUUGGUCGUUGGUUUGGAAAGUCCAAGCGCGGCUUGAUCUUCGGCAUCUGGAACAGCCACACAUCUAUUGGAAACAUUCUUGGCACACUGAUAGCGGCGCAUUAUGUGGAAACCGAUUGGGCUCUUUCAUUUGUAGUCCCAGGCAUCAUAAUUGCAGCCGUGGGCUUUCUGCUCUUCCUUUUCCUGGUGGACCAACCGGAGAUAGUCGGCUGCUAUCCACAAACCGGUCACCAGGAGCGACGCGUGACCAACGAGUCUGACGAGGAGCAGGACGACGAGGAGCAGGUGCGCCACAACGAUGCCGAAAUCAAUUAUAGAUCGGUGCCCACCGAGCGCACUCCAAUCCUGGCUCGUCCCCAACCAGCGGCACAACCUAGAGGCCACGGACGUCCUAUAAGCCUGAUUGAUGCCCUGUACAUACCCGGAGUGGUAGAGUUUUCCCUGUGUUUGUUCUUCACCAAGCUGGUCAGCUACACUUUCAUGUAUUGGCUGCCCCUCUAUAUUCAGAAAUCCAGCACAUUGGGACCACAACUCUCCGCUGAUCUGUCCACUCUGUUCGAUGUGGGUGGCAUUUUGGGAGCUAUAGCUGCGGGCUAUCUAUCGGAUGUGAGCGGAAUGUCGGCCACCGUCUGCACAGGCAUGUUGUUCAUUGCCUCGCCAAUUCUGCUGAUGUAUCAACAAUAUGGUGCACUGUCGUUGACGUUCAGCAUAGUGCUGCUGAUUGUGGUCGGCAUAUUUGUGAACGGCCCCUAUGCCCUGAUCACAACCUCUGUGAGUGCUGAGCUGGGUCAGCACAGCUCCCUGGAGGGCAAUGCCAAUGCCCUGGCCACCGUGACGGCGAUUAUCGAUGGCACUGGCUCGAUUGGAGCGGCAGUUGGCCCGCUGCUCGCAGGACUCAUCUCCACCGCCGGAUGGCAGUACGUCUUCCACAUGCUCAUCGCUGCCGACAUCAUUGCCAUGGUGCUGCUGGGGCGUUUGGUCUUCAAGGAGUUUGGCGCACUGCGCCGCGCAUCGCAUCGGAUUCGAAUUGAAUAGCAGGAAGCGGCAGAAGCGGUUUUGGCCGCCGAGUCGAAUGUGGUUUGACCGUAUUUAUUUUUGAUUUUUUAGCGUUCUGUGUACAUAGCAUAACAUUGUAUAGCCUACAUAAAGAGCGUUCUGUUUUUGCAUUCGAGAACAUAUCAGAGUGUUUCUGAUCCUAGUUUUACCACAUACAUGUCAAUACCUUAUGUUAUUUUAAAUGGAAUGUUUACCAUCAUCCUAGGCUAUCCAUCAAGUUUACAGUUUUGAUAUAUUACCUACAUAUAUAUAUACAUACAUAUAUUUUGUAAUCUUGUGUGUGCGUGUGUGUCAGAGUCUCCUCGUUUUAAGUGCCGAACUAUCAUUAGUACUAGCGUAAUUCUACUGCUAUGUAAAUACACUUUAUAGUACACUUUUCGUACCAAUAAAAACGAAUUUGACUGUUCCCAGAGGCAGUACAAUUUCUGAAACUCUAA